AUGCAGUGCAGUCACUAUCUACUUACUCCAGUAUUACAGUCAGGCAAUGAUCAACAAAAUAGAUAUAAUAAUAGUGCACAUGUAAGAAAUGUUGCCAAAUGGAUAUUUGGAACCUGGAAAAUAUGGUUCCCCUGUCUCCAAUGAGGCCUACAAACCAAAUUAAAUACAUAUCUUGCAU